AGGAUGCUGCAGAGAAACAAGUAAAUUGAGAGAGAGAUCAGAGAGAUGGCAGGGAGCAGCUAUUUUUACAAGGAUGUUCUGCCAUUUUUAGCCAUGGUUACUUCUGAGUGCACCAAUGUCGUCUUAAACGUCCUCUUCAAAGCAGCCACUCUGCAAGGUUUGAGUUACCAAGUCUUCACUGCUUACUCCUACGCCGUAUCUACCCUUGUUCUCCUCCCCUUGGCCUUCAUCUUUGGCCGAACGACUGGGCUUCCUACGUUGGAGUGGUCCCUCCUCUAUAGAAUUUUCCUCCUCGGUAUGCUUGGGUAUCUAUCUACGAUAUGUGGAUACAAAGGCAUAGAAUACAGUUCGCCGACUCUGGCUUCAGCUGUCAGCAACCUCACACCGGCUUUUACUUUCAUACUUGCUGUCAUAUUCAGGAUGGAACAGUUAGCUUUGAGAAGGGCAAGUACUCUGGUUAAAGUCGUGGGCACUGUAGUAUCAAUAUCAGGUGCACUUGUAGUGGUUCUCUAUGAGGGCCCCACACUCAUAUCGAUCUCAUCUCAAUCACCAUCCCUUUCACUUCGAUUUAGUCUGGGCUCAUCACAAACGAAUUGGGUGAUAGGUGGGCUUUUAAUUGCUCUUGAGUACCUUCUUGUUUCAAUCUGGUACAUUGUUCAGACUCAAGUUAUGAAAAUGUAUCCAUCGGAGAUAAUUGUGGUCUUCUUAUACAACUUGUGUGGGACAAUUAUAUCUGCACCAGUAUCUUUAAUGGCAGAAGCAAACAUGAGCGAUUGGAGACUAAAACCUGAUAUAGCACUGGUUGCCAUUGUAUACUCGGGAUUUUCUUUAACCUUCGCAACUGUUGUUCACUCCUGGGGACUUCGCUUGAAGGGGCCUGUGUAUAUAUCAAUCUUCAAGCCGUUGUCGAUUGCUAUUGCAGCUGCUAUGGGUGUAAUAUUCCUUGGAGAUGCUCUCUAUCUUGGGAGUGUUGUUGGAGCAGUAAUAAUAUCAAUUGGGUUUUAUGCUGUUUUAUGGGGAAAAGCAGGAGAAGAAGAAGAAGAAAUGUGUGAGGAUUGUGGCUUUGGUAGCUUGGGACCCUCAUGGAAUGGAAAGACCCCUUUGCUGCAAAGAUACAAGGUUGAAGGCAUGUAAUGGAUGUAUACAGAUGAAUGCUUGCUGGUUAAAGAUUGUUCAGCGCCUACUCGCAAUCUAAUACCUCAAAGGUAUUUCAAGUUCAGAGCAAGGCAAAAGUCCCAAGGCCAGGCAUUUAUUGGUAGAUAGCUAUAUGGUCAAUGCUUGCAACCAUUUGAUCAUUCUUCCUUUUCUCCAGAAAUUAUAGAAUUAAAUAGUAUGUAACUUAGGACAAUAACCAAUUAAUCAUGCGUUGAGCCAGUCUUUUAAUCUAUAGUUAGUGGCCAACCAAGACAAAAGAUGGCCUGAAUUUCUGUGUCAUAAUCUCUUGCUGAUCUAACUUGAAGACUAGUUAUUGCUGGGGUCCCAGUUACCCCUGAAUGAUUUUUA